AUGGGUAAUAUUGUCUCUGAGGUUAUCGGUGGUGUAGUCUUCGGGGGCCUUCUAAGUCUCUUUAGCAUGAUUCGUAGCUUCGAGUCGCCGGAAGAGUCUGGCCAAGAGAUAGCAGCGAAUCCCGUGAUGCAGGAGCUGGAAGAACGCGCUCGAGAGGAUCAGCGCCUGCGUGAGCAGGCCGAACAUGAUAGAUGGCAGGCUGAAGAAGAGCAACGCCGCACAGCCGAGGCACACCAACAGGCCGAACGUGAUAGAUGGCAGGCUGAAGAAGAGCAACGCCGCGCAGCUGAGGCACACCAACAGGCCGAACGUGAUAGAUGGCAGGCUGAAGAAGAGCAAUGCCGCGCAGCCGAGGCACACCAACAGGCAGAGAACGAGAGAGGGCGCAUCAAGGAGGAGAAGGAACGUGCAGAGCAGGAGAGACGGGAGGCAGAAGAGAGCCGAAGGCGUGCCGAUGAGGAGCGCCAGCGUGUGAAAAGGGAGAUUCACCUUGCUGAGGAGGAAAAGCGACGUGCGGAACAUGCGAAGGUGGAGGCGGAGGAGCAAUGGAGGCGUGCAGACAAGGACCGCCAGCGCGCAGAAGCGGAGCGGUGGCGUGCGGACGAGGAGAAGCGUCGCUCGGACGAGGAGAAGCAGAAGGCAGAGGAAGGGAAACAUCGUGCUGAGCAGGCAAGCCGGAAGGCUGAAGAGGAGAGGCGACAGGCGAAUGAACAACGGAAACGUGCGGAGGAAGACAAACAGCAGGCGGAGGAAGACAGGCGGCGAGCCGAAGAAGACAGCAAGAGAGCAGAUGCAGAGAGGCAGAGGGCGGAGGAAGCCAAGGAGAAAGCUAGGGCCGCUCAAGAGGAGGCUGAGCGAGCGUCAGUGGCCGCUGCGCAGGCGGCGGAAGGGGCCCGAAUCGCACAGGUGGAGGCCGAGAGGAAGCUGAAGGCGGGUAUACGUCCAGUGGUCUGGCCAACGGAGGAGGAAAUCCGCACGAACAAGGAGCUUCUGCAGUACCGUGAGGGCAAGCUGCACUUCGCCGUCGCGGGGAUUGCAGGGAGCGGCAAGUCAUCCCUCAUCAACGCACUCCGCGGGAUCUCCAACAGACACAGGGAAGCAGCACGCGUCGGAGUCAUCGAGACCACGAGAGUCAUCACGCGGUACCAGGAUCCGAACUCGGAGAGGCCGUUCGUCUGGUACGACGUUCCCGGCGCCGGCACCCUGGCCAUUCCGGACUGGCAAUAUUUCAAUGCCCAGGGUUUAUACAUCUUCGACGCUAUUAUUGUCCUCUUCGACAAUCGCUUCACCGAAACUGAUAUUGCUCUGCUGCGGAAUGCCGCGCUUUUCCAAAUUCCAACGUACAUCGUGCGUUCGAAGUCGAACCAACACAUCGGGAACCUCCUCCAGGACUUGGACUUCGGGGAAGACGAAGACAAGGCCAAUUGCGAUGAGACUGCGCGCGAGAUUUAUAUCACGGAGACUCGCGAAAGCGUGGCGCACAAUCUAUUCGAUGCAGGACUUCCCGGACAGAGGACCUACCUCAUCACGGCGAAGGAAGUUCUCUGUGAAGUGGUCAAGGGCCGGACGCCGAAGGGCAUUAUUGAUGAGGUCGAGCUACUCAACGAUAUGCUGCGGGAGGCGCAGUCUCGUCGUAUGAAGCCCAAGGCAUCGCAACCUUCACGUUCUGCGGGCUUGCUGUCAAACUAG